AUGACCGCUACGAAGAAGGUCUUAAUGCUCCAUGGAUUCGUUCAGUCGGGGAAGAUCUUUUCGUCAAAGACUGGCGGAUUGCGUAAAAGCUUAAUGAAGAUGGGCUAUGAACUAUACUAUCCAACAGCACCCUUGAUAGUUGAUAAACAGAUGAUAAAAAACCUUCAUAGAUCAAAGAAUGAAGAUGGCAAGGAGACAAUUGAUAUAGCCUCUGAAUUUAGUACUUCCAACACAACCGAUGACUUAAACGGAUGGUACAUUCGCGAUGGGCCAGGUCUCAGUGAUUUCAAGAUAGAGAGGCUUACUUUAGAUUAUCUCCAUGAUUAUGUGGUUCAAAAUGGUCCCUUUGAUGGGUUGAUGGGCUUUAGUCAAGGUGCUGGCUUGGCAGGUUAUUUAUUGACAAAUUUCAAUGGUAUACUAAAUCUCUCGCCAGAACAGCAACCCCCAUUGAAGUUCUUCAUAAGCUUCAGUGGUUUCAAGUUUGAACCAGAACAUUUCCAAAAAUCAUACAUUAAGAAGGUCUCAGUACCAUCUUUGCAUGUUCAAGGUGAAUUGGACACCGUAGUGACAGAAGCCAGAUCAAGUGCUCUUUUCUAUUGCUUCGAGGAAACUAGUAGAGCUCUGCUUAAGCAUGCAGGAGGGCAUUUCGUCCCUAAUUCCAAACCAUUUGUCAUGCAAGUUUGUGGCUGGAUCCAGAGCAUUAUGUCUCCAGUAUCUAGCAAAGAUCCAUUGAGUUCAAGCCAAGAGACAGAGAAGCCCGACUUAGAUGAAGAUCUUCUAAGCAUGAUAGACUCUAUAGGGAAGGUAUGA